CGCCGCCGGUGUUUAUGACGACUGAUAAGACUGUGAGAAGAAAGUUUCUCUCGCUUGUUACUUAUCGAACAUGUUUCAAACGGGGCAGAGCAGCCGGACACAGAAACACAGGAUGUAUUAAGAACAACGUCAGAUGCAGAGAUGGUGACCGUUGAAGAGCUGCUCUUGGAGGCCCUGGAAAAGUUGGAACACGAAGACUUUAUGACUUUCAAAUGGUACCUGCAGCUGCCCGAGCUCUACAGCGGCUUCACGCCGAUCCCGACGUUCCGGCUGAAGGAGGCACAGAGGCGGGAGACGGUGACAGUGAUGGUGCAGAAAUACAACCGUCAGGUCGUGGAGGUGGCCAAGGCGGUCUUUGGGAAGAUGAACAUGAAUGAACUGGUGCAUUAUUUGACAGAGCGAAGCUCAGCGCUAAAAGAUGUGAAGACCUCGGCGCCAGAGCUGACGGAACAGCAGAUCAUACGGUACCAACAGAAACUACAGUCUUACCUCAAGGCCAGGUUUAUUUCUGUUCAGGAGGGAAUGGCAGAGAGGAUGGACGAGCAGUGCCUGCGCGACAUCUUCAUCGAGCUGUUCAUCACAGCCGGGAGGGAAAUACACAUCAACGAACAGCACGAGAUCAUGUGGAUGAAGAACCAGAGACGGACGGCAGCAGACACCGAGACACCCAUCGAGCCGAGUGACAUAUUCAAAAGCACUUCUGGAAAACCCAUGAGAAUGGUGCUGACGACUGGAGUGGCAGGAAUUGGCAAAACGUUCGUUGUGAAAAAGUUUGUGUUGGACUGGACCGAGGGGAGGGAAAACCAAGACGUACAUCUUAUAUUUCCCUUUAGCUUCAGCGAACUAAACUUAAUGAAGGGAAAGAAGCUCAGUCUGGCACAGCUGGUCCAUAAAAGUAUCUGGGAAACCAGAGACAUCAAAGAGGAAGAUCUCACAGUUAUCUUCGCAAAUCUACAGGCGUCAGGAUGCCGAGAUUACAACGUGAGUCAAUUUAAACUUCUGUUUGUGUUGGACGGAUUGGAUGAAAGCCGCCUUCAGCUGGACUUGACUAGCACUGAACAGCAGCGAGCUGAUUUUGACGUGACACAGUCGGCCUCAGUGGAGGUCCUGCUGAACGCCCUCAUCAGUGGGACUCUGCUUCCGUCUGCUCGCGUCUGGAUAACCACCCGACCCGCGGCCGCCAGUCAGAUCCCUCGAGACUAUGUCCAGAGAAUGACGGUGGUGAGCGGAUUCACCGAUCCACAGAAGGAGGAGUACUUCAAGAAGAAAUUCCCAGAUAGGGAGCAAGCCAGCAAAAUCAUCUGCCACAUCAAGUCAUCGCAAACCCUGUUCAUCAUGUGUCACAUCCCAGUGUUCUGCUGGCUCACUUCUGUAGUCCUGCAGGACAUUUUGAUUACAAAAGCAAAGAUGUAUCUGCCCACAACAAUGACCGAGAUGUAUUCAGAGUUCCUGAUGUAUCAAAUCACCCAAACGGAAAAGCGAUGUGGCACGAAAAAGAGCAUUCAGUACAUCAAGUCCUUAGCAAAACUAGCAUUCCGCCAGCUGGAGCACGGCAACCUCUUCUAUGAGAAAGACCUGAAAGACAGUGGCAUUAACUUCCGUAAAGCCGCGCUGAACACCGGGGUGUUCACGGAGGUCUCUAAGGACGUGCGCAUUUGGAGGGGCCACAGCGACAAGGACAGAAAGUUCAGCUUUGUGCAUUUGAGCCUUCAGGAGUAUUUUGCUGCCCUUCACGUCGUGAUGUCACUCAUUAAAGACAACAAGAAUGUCCUGUCUGAGACAGAGCUGACACUGGACAAACUGUGCACGCUUUGCAAGAGAAUACCCUUAACAGACGUCCACGAGAUCGCACUUGAAAAAGCACUGCAGAGUUCCAACGGGCACCUGGACUUGUUCCUGCGCUUCCUUCUGGGCCUUUCCCUGCAGACCAGUCAGGAUCUCCUCAGGCGCCUGCUGAAGAUGAGCAAAGAGUUCCCUCUGACCAACCACCAGCACACGAUCAACUCCAUCAAGAAAAGGAUAAGUGGGAAUACAUCUCCAGAGAGGAGCAUCAAUCUGUUCUACUGUCUUAAUGAGCUGAAGGAUGAUUCCCUCGUGAACGAGGUCCAGCAGUACAUGAGUUCAGGAAAUCUUUCCCCGAGCAGUCUCUCUCCCGCCCACUGGCCGGGGCUGGUCUUCAUCUUACUCUCAUCGGAAGAAGCUCUUGACGUGUUCGACUUGAAGAAAUACUGUCCGUCAGAGGAGGGUUUACUCCGGCUGAUGCCAGUGGUUAAGGCCUCCAACAAAUCCCUGCUGAGUGGCUGCAAUCUGUCAGACAACAUCUGUGAAGCUCUGGCUUCAGCGCUCAGCUCUCAGUCGUCCAAACCAACCGAGCUGGACCUGAGUGACAAUGACCUUCAGGAUUCAGGCGUCAGGCUCCUCUGUGCUGGACUGGAGAGUCCACAUUGUGGCCUGCAGACACUCAGACUGUCCGGCUGUAUGAUCUCGGAGAGAGGCUGCGCUUCUCUGGCCGCAGCCCUGAGGUCCAACCCCUCAAAGCUGAAAGAGCUGGACCUGAGCUACAAUCAUCCAGGAGACUCGGUAGCGACAAUGCUGUCGGCUCUCCUGAAGGAUCCACGCUGGAGACUGGACACUCUCAACCUCGACUAUUGUGGCGAGCAAAGGCUGAGACCUGGUUUGAAGAAAUACGUUUGUGAACUGGCCCUGGAUGAAAACACGGCACAGAGGAACCUCAAACUGUCCGACGACGGCAAAACGGCGACGGCCGUACCGGACAAGCAGCCGCCUCGUCAUCACCCGGAGAGAUUCGACUGCUGGCUCCAGGUGCUGUGCGGCACCGGGCUGACCGGCCGCUGCUACUGGGAGGUCAAGUGGACAGGCAAGGUCUACGUAGCAGCGACGUACAAAAGAAUCCUCCGGAAAGGAGAGGGCGCCGACAUCUGCCUCGGAGCCAACGACCACUCCUGGGUGCUGCUCUGCGACGACGAUGGCGGCAGUUACUCUGUGCAGCACCAGAACGAAGCCGUGGCCAUUCGCCCCCGGUUCUCUCCCGCCUCCGACAGGGUGGGAGUGUUUCUGGACUUUGCCGCUGGCGUCCUGUCCUUCUACAAAGUGACGCCCGACACCAUGAUGCUCCUCCACACGUUCAAAGCCACAUUCGACCAGCCUCUUUACCCGGCCUUCGGGUUCGGCUUCCGACACUCGUUUAGAGGCUUCAGGUCGUCGGUGUCGUUGUGCGAGGUGGAAGACGGCAUCUUCUUCUCCAACUGCUGAGUCAGGACAAACACCGAAACGCAAAGGUUCACUCUGGACAACAAUAAACUGAAGGUUAGUUGGUCAGGCCCAACCCCCUGACAAAGCCAAGUAAGGCCAGAGCAGAGGCCGACAUUUCCCACGUGGAAUUGGUGGACCAAUCACAACAGUGUCGAGCCAGCUGGCCAAUCACAGCAGACUGGGCUUCCUUGGGAGGGAGGGGCCUCAAAGAGACAGGAGCCAAAACCAAGAGUUCCAGACCGAUGUUGUGAAAGAGGAGCUGCAGGAAACUGAACAUUAGAGCAUGUGAACCUUUUCGAGUAAUGACCCAAAUCAACAUUAUGAACCUGAAUAUGAAAAUAAUAAGUGCGACGGCAUUUUUCGAAUGAUACUUUCACAAAUGUCAAACAUUUUUCUCGAAAAAUUCAGCUCCAACUCAGAUGAAUGAUUUUUUUAUUUUGUUUGUAUGUUUGAAUUGUCUUGUAAUGAUUUAAAAAUGGAAUUUGCCCUCAGGUCUCUCUCUGUCUCUUGUAAAGAUUCUUUAUGAAUUCCAGGUCCAGGUAUUAUUGAAUUAGUUUGAUUUCAUAUAAUUGAAUGUGUUUGACCGACUCAUGCUUUUUUGUCUCGGUCCAUCUAUGUGGAGGUACAGUAAGUUGAGGAAGGGGAGGUGAAGACGAGCUGUGUGUGUGUGUGUGUGUGUGUGUGUGUGUGUGUGUGUCCUGGUGAAAGCAGUUCCGUGUGAUUAACGUUUCAUUCACUCUGCUGCUGAAUCCCCAGAAUCAGGCACAUUCAGCCCGAGUCUGUAAUCCACACUACAGAGCGCUGCUGGAGUGUGUGUUCGCUUUAUUGUCUGUGUGUGUUCCCCAGUGUGAAUGUGUGUGUGUGAGUGUGUGUCUGUGUGUGUUCCCCAGUGUGUGUGUGUGUGUGUGUGUGUGUGUGCGUGUGUGUGCAAGCUCCAGGGUAAAUAGCGCCUGAUUUCUACUGUGACUCUGCAGCCUUCACUUCUAUUUUCUCUCAAUGUCACAGACUCUCUCUCUGUGUGUGUGUGUGUGUGUGUGCGUGUGUGUGUGCGCGUGUGUGUGUGUGUUCAGGGUUUCAUGUCAGGUUAUAAUCCUGUCAGGCUCAGAAACCUGAACUGACGCGAACAAGAGAGAGACAGAGAGAGAGAGAGGGAUGAAUGACAGACUCGUUCGCCCUCUCUCUCUGGGGUAACCAUGGUAACGGGCCUGUCUCUGUUGCCAUGGCUUCGGGUUGGAAAAUCGUCUGCCUCAGUGCCCUUGAGCAAAGCAGUCUGAAUGGGUAAAUUACAUGUUUGCAGCUUCUUAUCAAACUGAGGACUCAAAAAAACAAACGACUAAAUACUCAAAAAACGGCAAAUAUCAAACUAAAGACUCGAUUAAACAAAAAUAUUCUAUAAUAAAUCUAAAGAAAGUAGAGAAAAUAAAAGUAAAGUAUGAAAACUCUUCGUCUCUAAUGAGCAGUUUCAGUCGCACAUUGUAAUAAAAGGU